UGCUGGAAGCCACUGCCCACCCAUCUGUCUCGAAGGCAGGCCGGCUCCGCCCCCCGGCCCACUUCUCCCAGUUCCGUCUCUGCCUCGCCUAAAAGCCCCACCUGCGGCGGCCAUUGUGGUUGAGGGCAAGUGGCCGCUGAGGCCAGAGAAGCCAGACAGGCGCCAUGUUUGAUAUGAUCAAGGAAUGGCGCCCUUAAGAGCAUCCAGUGACAACUGAAGCCAGGAUGUCGCCAUAUUUUCUGAAGACACCUUCCGGGUCCCUUAGCCCGCUGUCUAAGUCCAAGCUGCCAUGAAGUGAAUAAACACCGAGGGGUUUUCUUUAUCCCUGUCACAACCCCCGAAUCCCUAGCAGCCAGUCCCUGCUAUCUCGGUGCCCUCGACUGCGUUCGGACGCCAAGGCUGGGCGGGGCCCCGACCUCCGGAGCCCUUCUUGUGGACGACGAAAGCUGAGGCCGCGCGCCGGGAGGCGGUGGCCUAGGGGCCAAGGCGGCCGCCGCUCGGGGCCAGGAGGCCCCAUGGCGCCGCCCCCAGCCCCGUUCCUGGCGCUGAGACCAGGAGAGACCGGGCCUGGUCACAAGAAGCCCGGGGCCGUGAGCUUCGCGGACGUGGCCGUGUACUUCUCCCCGGAGGAGUGGGGCUGCCUGCGGCCCGCGCAGAGGGCCCUGUACCGGGACGUGAUGCGGGAGACCUACGGCCACCUGGGCGCGCUCGGAUUCCCAGGCCCCAAACCAGCCCUCAUCUCUUGGAUGGAACAGGAGAGUGAGGCUUGGAGCCCCGCCGCCCAGGAUCCUGAGGAGGGGGAGAGCCUGGGAGGAGCUCUGAGAGGAGACACCCCAAACAAGGAAGAGGCACCAGAGGAAGGGCCAGGAGCCAAGGGACCCAGAAAGAUUCCUGGGAAGGAGUCUUUUAAGGAGCUGGUUAAACACAACCCUGACCGGACCAUCAGAAAAGUUUCAGCAAGAGCACAGCCACCCACGAACGCUACCUGGAACCAAAGCACAGGUGCGCAGCCCUCAGUGCCCAGCAUGGACACUCAGGAGAGCCAGCGGCGACACGUGUGUGCAGACUGUGGCCGCCGCUUCACCUACCCCUCACUGCUGGUCAGCCACCGACGGAUGCACUCAGGGGAGCGACCAUUCCCCUGCCCAGAGUGUGGCAUGCGCUUCAAGAGGAAGUUUGCCGUGGAAGCGCACCAGUGGAUCCACCGCUCCUGCUCAGGGGGGCGACGGGGCCGCAGGCCGGGGAUCCGGGCUGUGCCUCGGGCUCCGGUGAGGGGUGACCGGGACCCACCUGUGCUGUUCCGACACUACCCGGACAUCUUUGAGGAGUGCGGCUCUGUAUCCCCUCCGCUUGCGGCCCCGCGUCCCUGGGCACCCUGGUGGGCCUUCGAGGGGCCGGCUGCUGCCUCGCAGCCCGCCGCACCGCGCCCCGGCCCGGGGCAGUCCUCCGGCGUGGGAGGCCCCGCGGGCCCUAGCCCGGCCCUGGCCAUGGCGCCGCCUCCGGUCCGGCUCCCCGCGUGGGAACCGGACGGGCCCGGGCGUGAGCGGAGGAGGCCGGGCGCCGUGAGCUUCGCGGACGUGGCCGUGUACUUCUCCCCGGAGGAGUGGGGCUGCCUGCGGCCCGCGCAGAGGGCCCUGUACCGGGACGUGAUGCGGGAGACCUACGGCCACCUGGGCGCGCUCGGGUUCCGAGGCGCCAAGCCUGCUCUCAUCUCCUGGGUGGAGGAAGAGGCCGACCUGUGGGGCCCGGAUGCCCGGGAUCCGGAGGUGGGAGAGUGUGUGACAGAAACAGACGCAGAUUCCAGAAACAAGGAAGAGGAAAGACAAAGAGAGGGGACCGAGGCCCUGGAGAAGAGCCCUUCUGUGGAAGCUCGGCCUUCUGGGCUGACAGUUCUGUCACACCCUUCUGCCGGGCUCCCUUAUAGCUUGGAGCAGCCGUCCAAGGCAACUCGCCGUGGUCGCCCUCCACUCUGUGCCCAUCCCCCUGUCCCAAGAGCAGACCAGCGUCAUGGUUGCUACAUGUGCGGGAAGAGUUUUGCUUGGCGCUCCACCCUGGUGGAGCACCUGUACACCCACACGGGAGAGAAGCCCUUCUGUUGCCCUGACUGUGGCAAGGGCUUCAGCCAGGCCUCCUCUCUGAGCAAGCACCGAGCCAUCCACCGUGGGGACCGGCCCCACCGCUGCCUGGACUGUGGCCGGGCCUUCACCCAGCGCUCUGCCCUCACUACUCACCUGCGGGUUCACACGGGCGAGAAGCCCUACUGCUGUGCUGACUGUGGCCGCUGCUUUAGCCAGAGCUCUGCCCUCUACCAGCACCAGCGCGUCCACAGUGGCGAGACUCCCUUCCCCUGCCUGGACUGUGGUCGUGCCUUUGCCCAUGCGUCAGACCUUCGGCGCCAUGUACGCACCCAUACGGGCGAGAAACCCUACCCGUGCCCAGACUGUGGGCGCUGUUUCCGGCAGAGCUCUGAAAUGGCAGCCCAUCGUCGUACCCACAGCGGUGAACGCCCCUACCCAUGUCCUCAGUGUGGCAGGUGCUUUGGCCAGAAAUCAGCCAUGGCCAAGCACCAGUGGGUCCAUCGGCCUGGUGCCGGGGGGCACAGGGGCCAGGGUGCCAGUGGGCUGCCUGUGCCUCUGGCCCCUGGCCAAGAGGACCUGGACCCACCUGUGGGUUUCCAGCACUACCCAGAAAUAUUCCAGGAGUGUGGGUGAUGGUCUCAGAGAUGUCAAGGCAAAGGGUGAAGAUCUAAACCUCGCCUGAGGCCCAGGGUGGCCUCUGGGGCCUGAACCUCUGUGGCAGCUCCAGGGAGGUCGCAGAAUUCCAGGCAAGAGGUGGACCUGGGGGAUGAGGACCAUCUUAUCUUAGGCCUUCACAAGCCUGAUCUGCUGACACCUUGCUCCCUACUGUCCAGACUCUAGAAGCCCCCUCUGCUCCAUUAGGGCUGAGGUAAGCACCUAGAUAAGACCUCCACUGUGGGGAAGAGAAGGCUGUUAAGAGACGUGUUAAGAGAAUUGAGAUAGGGAACUUUGUUGUAUCCAUUGUCUUCACUGCAGGAGUUAAAAACUGAUGGCCAUGUACUGGAUCUGGCUUGUAAUAACUUUACAAAUUAUUUUUGGCCCAACCAGCAUUUUAAAAAUGUUACAAAUUAUGGUUAAGACUUAAAAGGAUAUUUUACACAAAAAUCCAGGUUUCUGGCCUCUUUUGAAAAAUUCAAAGAUUUGGUAACUCGACCUGAGUUCCUACAGAACCACAGUUGGCAGGAGCUGCAGGGCAGCUGUUCAUCAUGCUCACCACCCCUUCCUGGCUUCUGACGAGUGUCAGCUGGCCAUCGUCAUCACUUGUCCAUGUCCCUGGUAUAGCAGACUCCCUCCAUCUGGCACUUUCCCCUUGUUUUCAUGCCCCAUUGGGCUCCUGUAGCUGUUCAAGUUUGCAAACUGGUGUAUAGCAGUCAUGUUUUCCUGAACCAGGGAUUCAGGUAGACAGCACCUAUAUGAAAGGGUGGCAGGAAAGAAGUAAAAGCAGGCUUUAUUUCAGA